AUGUCUCUCUUGACCUCAUUACUAUUUGCAGCGAUAAUCGGCUUUGCGCAGGCGCAAACCCCCACAGGCUUCACACCCCAAGUGAAUACUAAGCUUGAGGUCGCCUUCAACACAACGAUGGUUGCAACGCCUGGUCAACAAUUGACAAAAGCUGGCACCGCAAGUCAGCCCCAAAUCGCAUUACCAAGUGGCAUGAUCAGCAAUGACGAGACCUUCAUGUUUGUCAUGCUUGACUUGGACGUGCCCCCAGCACAAGGCAGCACGAACCGCCGCGUACUCCUUCACGCCUUAAACACUGGCUUCAAGGCAACGCAGCAAAAGCUCAACGGAGGUGCAGUGCUGCUUGCAUCAACUGAAAAAGGACCUGCAGCAUACCUCCCGCCCGGUCCUCCUGCAACAGACACGAUGCCACAUCGUUACGUGGAGCUCCUGUUCAAACAGCCGGCAAACCUAAAUGUGAAGGCAUCGGACUUUGCAGGCCAGCAAGCGAGAUUCAACUUCGACAUCACGACGUUUUUGAAAGAUAAGGCUGUGAGCGCUCCAGUUGCAGCCAACUUCUUCAGAGUUGAUGGUCGUGCUAAUGCAACUGCGACUGCAUCUGGCACUGCGAUUCGCAGUGCGGUUCGUUCUGGGACUGGUACUGCGACUGGCACUGGAGGAAACGCACGGAAUACGUUAGCGCCUUUCUUGGGUGGAGCUGGACAGGUAGAUUUCUCACAUGGUCUCGCAGGAUUGGUUGGCGGACUAGCAUUUUUUGCUAUGUAGAUAAAUCAUUCUCGCUUAUGAAGGGAAGAAAACGGAGUCAGGGGCACAGAAAACGGCUUGAUGAAAGAUAUUGUCUUCAAAAAUAUGUCCCUAGAUGACCAGUACGUGAUAAAACGAUGCCACAUAAGGCUUCAGAGAGAAUUGUAUAUGCUAUAAACGCUUCAGGGUAACUCUAGGACAUCCUUCAACACAGCCAAAGCCCCAAAAAGCUCAUUGUCGUGAUAUUUCCUCGCGUUG